AUGAACGACUUUGACGAGUGCGGCCCGAGCGCAGCCAGCAUGUACCUGCCCGGCUGCGCCUACUAUGUGGCCCCGUCGGACUUCGCGAGCAAGCCGUCUUUCCUUUCGCAACCGUCGUCCUGCCAGAUGACUUUCCCCUACUCUUCCAACCUGGCGCCGCACGUCCAGCCCGUGCGCGAGGUGGCCUUCCGCGACUACGGCCUGGAACGCGCCAAGUGGCCGUACCGUGGCGGAGGAGGCGGCGGCGGUGCGGGGGGCGGCGGCGGCGGGGGCGGCCCCGGUGGGGGCGGCGGCGGCCCCGGGGGCUACGCUCCCUACUAUGCGGCGGCGGCGGCGGCGGCGGCAGCGGCGGCAGCGGCCGAGGAGGCGGCCAUGCAGCGCGAGCUGCUCCCGCCCGCGGGUCGCCGGCCGGACGUGCUCUUCAAGGCGCCAGAGCCGGUGUGCGGAGCGCCCGGGCCGCCGCACGGCCCCGCGGGCGCCGCCUCCAACUUCUACAGCGCGGUGGGCCGCAAUGGCAUCCUGCCGCAAGGCUUCGAUCAGUUCUAUGAGGCGGCGCCCGGGCCCCCGUUCGCCGGGCCGCAGCCCCCGCCGCAGCCCGCGGCGCCGCAGCCCGAGGGCGCCGCUGACAAGGGCGACCCCAAGACCGGGGCUGGUGGCGGCGGGGGCAGUCCCUGCGCCAAGGCGACCACCGGCUCGGAGCCCAAGGGAGCAACAGAAAGCGGCGGUGGCGACAGCGAGGGCCCCCCGGGGGAGGCGGGGGCCGAGAAGAGUGGCGGCGCAGUGGCCCCCCAGCGGUCCCGGAAAAAGCGCUGUCCUUACACCAAGUACCAGAUCCGCGAACUGGAACGCGAGUUUUUCUUUAACGUGUACAUAAACAAAGAGAAAAGACUCCAACUCUCUCGGAUGCUCAACCUGACUGACCGGCAAGUCAAAAUCUGGUUCCAAAAUCGCAGGAUGAAAGAAAAGAAACUGAACAGAGAUCGUCUGCAGUAUUUCACUGGAAACCCCUUAUUUUGA